AUGUUUAAUAAAUCAGUCUAAUCAAAUAGAACCUUGUUAUCUGGAUAACUUCAUAGAAUAAUAUUGAACAAAUAAUCAUAGAGGGAGGAAAUUGAUUAUGUUAGACGCAAGAAUUCAUUAAAAUACCCUUUAAAAGAGCAAAUCAACCUUCAAAAAAGUCAUAAUCACUUUAACGCAAGGAAUUCCUUGGACUGUCUAGAACCUGUUUUUAAAGUGGAGACUAGCAAAAAAAUCAAAAGCCCUGUAGUUGUGAUACCAAACAGAAAGCUUUUUGUUUCUAGCAAAAAUGGUAGAAAGAGUCAUUAAUCAGCCAGUCAAGAACCUGGCCCAUUAAUGCCAGAUGUUAAGAAAUCCCUUGAAUAUGGAUAUCGAAUUGUAGUGAAUAAGUCUUCUAGAGUACCUACAAUAUAGUUAGAUGAAGAAGUAACAAAAGAAGAAUCAAAAAUAAACUCAUCUAAAGAUCCUGUUUCCUUUACUGACUGGGUAGAGAGAAUUUAUGGUAAAGGAUGGUUUUAUUGA